CUAAAAAUAUUUUUCAGUUUAGCUUUCGGAAAUAUAGGCAGGUCAAUAGUCACAAUUCUAUGCCAGGCAUUUUGUAUUUUUCUUAUAGGAUAAAUUUACUUACCAGUAAAUUGUGACCAAAUUAGUGCCCUUAUUUAUACUUACGUAUAUCAAUUUGCAUAUUUCAUCUCUUAUUGUGUUCUUUUUAUUUCCUGCAAUCCGUUUUGCCUGAAAUUAUUUUCUUGGAUAAAAUGAAUGACGGAAAACUUUGUGCAAAGCUUUAAAGGUGGUACACGUGUAAUAAUAAUCUAAAAAUUUGUCUAAGUUAAUCCAAGAAGGAAAGAGAAAUAAAAAAAAAAUGCGUAACCUUAGAAGAAUUUUUGCUAAACGAUAUUGUAAUAUCGAUAGAAUUAAACCGUAAUAUUGGUCAAUUGGUUUGUCUAUUUAGUCUAUGAUGCAGAUAUUGUUGUUGCAGAGUAAAGCAAAAAAAAGGCGAAAAACUACGCAGCAUUCAACAUAAAAGUGGAAAGUGAUACAAGGCCGUUCCGUGUGGUCCCCCUAUAGAGGGCUCAAGUACAAUUUUUACUUCCCAACUAUGUUCAUGUACUAGUCCACAUUUGUCAAGCAAGAACGAUAGUUAUUAUCAAAGGCAUAUUAUUGUGUUGUUGUUAUUGUCGUUAUACAUGUUCAAGUUGUGGCGGGCUUCAUUUAGGUCGACAAUUACCAAGCUUCGUAGCGGGUAUAGGGAGGCGCGUUUGUUUUGAUGAGUACAACCCCGCGUGUAGAAUUAACGGUGCUAUUUAGAGGAACCGCGAGGCAUCGGGAGUUUGACUACAUGUGUUUAUUUUUACUGGAACUUACUGAAACACUAUUUCUUUUAUUGUUUAUUACACAGUUUAGAGCAGCAUUUUGGUGAGUGUCGAUAUGGGCAGAUAAAAAUGCAAAAGCUAACUAAACUACCUUUUUUAGAAGGUUUAUUAAUAACAUAGUUUAUAUGCGUCCAUCACUACCAAAGUGUAAUUUUUAUGUUAUGUGGGCUGAGUGUGAGGCUUAGUUAUGCCGAUUGUACCCAUUUGGAUCGAGAUAAGUACUUACUAAUCCUCGGUUUUCCCCGAAUCAGCCCAUAUCCUCAUCUUCAGCUAAAAGCAGGGAGCGUCUAGCAUCACAAGACUAUUAGGUUGAGUUUCCCCUGGUCAGGUUUUUAAUUUUUACAAACGAGUUAGCUACCAGCACCUGAGUGUAACCCUUCUGGCCGUGCUCUGAACCUAACAAGAUAUAGUCUAGCAGACUAUAUCUUUGUUCAGUUGUAACUUUACGAACCACUUUUUCCUUCAGGGUUCUCUUUGCCAGCACCUUGCCUGUUGCUCAACACUUUCGUGGUCGAGUGAUGAAGCAUGUAAACUCCCUUAUGAUGUUUCCUUCAGACAAUUUUAUUUUUCCUAUCAUUUGUCCUUUUCUAAUAUGCGUCAGCACCAUAUACGUCGCCAGCAAGUUAUUUGCUAUACUUUUUAGGCUUGCAAUGCAAAGUGCAGAGAUGUCCAGUAGGACUUUCACGUAUUUUAUGAAGAUGGCUUUGAAACACUCAGUGGCCCGCCAGAAUCUGUAAAAUGGCCAAGUGGAAGAUUUUGAAGAAAAAGACGGAACGGGCUAAUUCAUCUGCCUCGGAUUCGUCAGAUUCGGAAGCUGAAGUUCCACUAACGCGUAAAUCUGACGAAACGUUUAAAAGAAAGUACAAGUGGACAAACAAACAGCGUCUUCUCAUUUUUGCUUCUCGUGGAAUAACUUAUCGAGACCGGCAUCUGAUGAAUUCAUUUCGGACAAUGCUUGCUCACUCAAAGGAGGAAUGUAAGUUCGAAAAAAAGGAUAGUUUACUAGCCAUCAACGAAGUUGCCGAAAUGAAAAACUGCAACAAGGUGAUGUAUAUGGAAAACAGACGUAGAUCUGACACGUAUAUGUGGCUAGCAAAUAUGCAAACUGGUCCAACUCUCAAGUUCCUCGUGCAGAAUAUUCACACAAUGGAAGAACUCAAGUUUAGUGGCAACUGCCUUCGUGGGUCUCGGCCCUUUCUAUCGUUUGACCCAGCCUUCGACUCCCAUCCAUGGUCACGUUUAGUCAAGGAAGUUCUUGCUCAGACCUUUGGAACACCGGCCUACCAUCCACGCUCUCAGCCCUUUUUCGAUCAUGUCUUUGUGUUUCGAUUACUCGAUAAACGUAUAUGGUUUCGAAACUAUCAGAUUGUAGAGGAAGACGGAUCAUUGGUGGAGAUAGGGCCGCGAUUCUGUUUGAAUCUCGUGAAGAUCUUCGAUGGUCCCUUCUCAGGUGCAGUAAUUUAUACGAAUCCUCAUUAUGUAGCCCCCAAUAAAAUGCGACGCCUAGCACAAAAGGAGAAUAAAUACAUGGAACGUAAAGAACAAAAGGCAAAACGCCAAUUUAUCGAGAACCUUCCGGCGCCGCCGCCGGAGGACCCCUACAUGGACGUAUUUGAAACGAAACCCCCGGAAGAAGCCGUUGGAAUAGAAAAGAACACAUUUUACAGAUUAGAUCUAAAUGCUAAGCGCAAGAAAAAAAAUAAAAAAUCUGAAGAAAAAGAGUCUAAAACAACUUAAGAAGAAUAAAAACACCAAGCAGAUCCGGAAAGGAUAAGGUCUUUGGGAAGGCAUAGACGCGGAAUCGAUGUCAGACAGUUUCAUUUUGUAAUCUAAGCUACUAAAGUUGAUGAUAAAAACAAAACCUGUACAUAAUUGAAAAAAUUAUAUAACUUUAAAUAAAUAAAAUAGUUUCUUGAAUUUUUGUGACACGG